AUGGAGAUAAUAGAAUUGUUCAUGUUUCAGUUCCUCGUUCUCCUGUCUUUUCUGUCAGUGGUCCCCAACCAGAGACAUGAGUGUGGUCCGAGACCCACAGGGGGCGUACAGGGGGGUGGGAGGGGGCGACCAUCUGGGGGGUCUAGGGGUUGGGAUGGGGUGGACCUCCACAGCCACUUCACAGAGCACGCCCCUCGGCCCCCUGUCCCUGGAGAAGAGGGGGGCGACCGUGACCCCCACCACCUCCCCUCCAGCCAUGGAGGCCGCCCCCCCACCCAGUCCACUUGCUACCCCCCCUCCAAAACAGACCCCUCCUUCCGUAGUAGCGAGUCCCCAUCCUCGGCCAUCCCCACUCCCAGGCGACCGGAUCUGGACCUAGGGUACGAGCCUGAGGGCAGCGCCUCCCCCACGCCUCCCUACCUGAAGUGGGCCGAGUCGCUCCACUCUCUCCUGGAUGACCAGGAGGGCAUACAGCUGUUCAGGGGCUUCCUGAGACAGGAGGGCUGUGGGGACCAGCUUGACUUCUGGUUCGCCUGCUCCGGCUUCAGGAAGAGCAGCCAGGAGAAGAGGCCCAAGCUGGCCAAGGCCAUUUACAGGAAGUAUAUCCAGGACAGUAAUGGCAUCGUGUCGAGGCAGAUUAAACCAGCUACUAAGAGCUUCAUCAGAGACUGUGUGGUUAGACUGCAUCUGGACCCUGCCAUGUUCCAACAGGCCCAGACAGAGAUCCAGAGCACCAUGGAGGAGAACACCUACCCUCUGUUCCUGAAGUCAGACCCCUACCUGGAGUACACCCAGACAGGGGAGGAGAGCCCCAAACCACCCAGCGACCACAGCUCCUCAUCGGGUACUGGUCCUGGGCCGCUGGGGCCUGGCUACCUGCCCACCCUCACAGAGGACGUAGAGUGGAGGUGCCGGGAGGAAGAGGAGGAGGAGGAAGAAGAGGAGAGCGGGGAUACGCAGGCCAGCAGGCUGACCCAGAGGUUGCUAAUGGAGACGGCUCCUCACAGAGUGUCGACCAAUCGGAGAGCAGGGGAAAGCCGAGAGUACAGACCAUGCAGAGAGCUGGUAGUUAACCCCUACUACGUUAACAUGGGUUCUGCUCGCGCCCCGGUGACCAGCGCUAACGACAGUGAACAGCAGAGCAUGUCCAGCGUCUCCGACGGCGACACACUCUCACUGACCGACAGCAGUGUAGAUGGUGUUCCACCCUACCGGUAUCGUAAACAGCAUCGUAGAGAGAUGCAUGAAAGUGCCAAAGCCAAUGGACGUGUGCCCCUACCUCAUAUACCUCGUACAUACCGUGUGCCAAAGGAUGUCCACGUUGAGCCGGAGAGGUUUGCUGUUGACCUCAUCAGUCGACUGGAGGGAGUUCUGAGAGAGCGAGAAGCUCAGGAGAGACUGGAGGAGAGACUGAAGAGGGUCAGACUGGAGGAGGAGGGUGACGACGCCGACGUCUCCAUGGUAAACUCCCUCGCCCCCUACGGCAACAAGCCCCUCCCCCCCUCGUCCCUCCACCCCCACUACGGGUCCCGUUAUUCAGAGACCUCGUACAAUGGUGUUCUGGCGCUACAGGACGCGCACGAGGAGAACCCGGAGUCCAUCUUAGACGAACACGUGCAGAGGGUGAUGAAGACGCCGGGGUGCCAGUCACCAGGCACCGGGAGACACUCACCCAAGUCCCGCUCCCCCGACGGGGGGGUAGGAGGGGUAGGGGUGUACCCUCCGCCUCACUCUGGGAGAAACCAGGGUCCUCCAGGGGUGAAAGGCCACAAGCCAGGAGCCAAGGGAGGGGACCCAGCGGGGAUGGGAGCAGGUGUGUACCACCACAAGCAUGGCUACCACCACCCCCCAGGGGGCACCAAGCCCAAAGAGCCCCAGAUGGAUGAGGUGGUGCUGGGUGGAGGAGGUGGAGGCUCCAGGACCCAGGGGAGCGGCCUGUGGAACGGGGAGGCCCACCACUACGCUACCGGGAAGGGACGCAACUACGCAGAUGGGGCUGGGACCAUGGACGCAAUGGGCUAUAGCAGUAAGGGCAGCACCCUAUCGAAGCGUGGCUCUAAGAAGGGGGCGGAGCCGACAGGUAAAGGUGAUGAGGGGCGUGUCCAGGAGGCCCAGGUACCGCUGGAGGACCUGGAGAGAAACCACAAGAUACUGCAGUGGAUGAUGGAGGGGGAGGCACUACGACACAAAAAGAACACGCACGGGAGUACCACAGGCUCCAGGAAGACCCAGGGGAGUGUGGAGCUGUUGAGACCCAGCUCUGUGGAGCGUCCUGGGGCAGUGCACCCCUGGGUGAGCGCCCAGCUGCGGAACAACGUGCAGCCCUCCCACCCCUUCAUCCAGGACCCCACCAUGCCCCCCAACCCCGCACCCAACCCCCUCACUCAGCUAGAGGAGGCCCGGAGGAGACUGGAGGAGGAGAGGAGGAGGGCCGCCCUGCUGCAGGCUAAACAGAGACAGAAGUCUUUAAGCAGUAAGAAGCAGGUGUCACAGUGUGAGAACGUAACUGUGGCGUACUACUUCUGUGGCGAGCCAAUCCCCUACCGCACCACGGUCAAAGGUCGCGUGGUGACCCUGGGACAGUUCAAGGAGCUACUCACCAAGAAGGGCUACUACAGGUUCUACUUUAAGAAGGUGAGUGAUGAGUUUGACUGUGGCGUGGUGUUUGAGGAAGUCAAAGAGGACGACACCGUCUUGCCCAUCUACGAGGAGAAGAUCAUCGGUAAGGUAGAGAAGGUGGACUGAACCAGGAAACAGGAAAUGGAGCCAGUAGGAAGUGGAGGAGGAACAAUGACGCAGAGAAAAGACUGAACCGGAACGGAGGAAGAGGAGUUGGAGAGAGUGCUUUUGGAAGAGGAGGAGCGGGGGGAUGUAAAGGAGGGUGGGAAAGGAUGAGACAGAAGGAUGGAAUGGUACACAGAAUGUCACUGCCUGGUUGAAGCGUAGAGGAACACGUUUGGAAAGGAAGGAUGGGGGGAUGAACAGGGUGAAAAGCUGAUUUCUAAACAGUCUUCCACUCCUGCUCUGGGGAGUUGUUCUCCUUCCAGAACCAGCUGCUGCUAAGUUGCUAUGGAGACGUCAUGGUGCUCGGAACAGGAUGACGGCUGAGUUCCAUUCCGGAAUCUCACUCCCUUCAGUCCCUAGACUAGUCACUGAGGGGGCAGAGGGGAUGGGUGCGGCCCAAAUAGCACCCUAGACCCCAGUGAUCAUCAACUAGAUUCAGCCAUAGGCUGAUUUAAUUUUUUAUUUUAUUUUCUUGAGUGGCUGGUCAGGGGGCCUGAAUAUAAUUACAUAGAAUUUGUGGACUGCAAAUUGAAUACAACAAGCCCAAACAGAUAGACUAUUUGACUAAAACAUAAUCAUUUCAAACCUUGCUUACAUUUGUGUACAAUCACAUAUCUCUCUAUUAUGCCUGGGAAUAUUUGUAGAAUACGGAAAUGUAAAAUCAUUUGGAGCUGAAAGACAGUGUUUUUACAAGCUUGUAUGUUCCAAAAUAAAAGCCCUAUGGUCCCUGGUCACUAUAGGGAAUAGGCUGCCGUUUGGGACGUAAACCGAUGAGGUGAGGAUUUUCAUCAUGGAGUGGAGCCUUCAUCUCCUCAACACGUGGACAUCAUAAUGACAUCAUAAAGAACCUUCACGCUCCAUCCUCUGAUGUCACCUAGCGAUGUCAAAGCAUUCUGUUCAAACAAACAUUGUUCUGUAAAACUGGUUUACUGCAGCUGUAUAUUUUUGAUACAACGCUAUGCCUACGGACAUAAAAGGAAAAGUUGUCUUUUUACCUGUAGACAUUGAGUAUUUUUUUCUGGGUGGGUAAUGUACAGGUACUAGUAGUUUUUAACAUGUGCACAGGAUGGGGUACAGUCCCUAAUGGCACCCUAUUCCCUUUCUAGUGCACUACAUUUAACCAGAGCCCUAUGGCUAAUGGCACCCUAUUCCCCAGCUAGUGCACUACGUGGGGGGAGAGGGGGGUUAGGGUGUGGUUUGGGACUCCUUGUGUUUUUAUAUGUAAAGGUAUAUAUUUUAAAGCUAGAUGGCUGAGUCCUGUAAGGGCUGAAAUCUGUUUUCAGGCAGUCCAUGCUUCUCCAGGAGACGCUUUAUGUCUAUUAUCCCGUUCAACUGCCUCUGGCUGUUUGUCCCAAAGGGCACCGUGUUCUCUAUAUAGUGUGAUACGUUUCACCAGGGUUCAUAGAGCUCUGGUCAGAAGUAGUGUACUAUAUAGGGUAUAGUGUGCACUUUGGGACAUACCCUCUUACUUAUGUCCAACCCUAACCCCUUACACCCUAGGUUGAAACCCUAACCCCUACACCCUAGGUUGAACCCUAAUCCCUACACCCUAGGUUGAACCCUACACUCUAGGUUGAAACCCUAACCCCCUACACUCUAGGUUGAAACCCUAACCCCCUACACUCUAGGUUGAAACCCUAACCCCCUACACUCUAGGUUGAAACCCUAACCCCC